AACAACACAUAAUAUAUUUCUUAUUGAGAAAAAUGAUUGAACGAUGAUGCCUCGUUGGUGGGAAUAAUCUGUUAAAAAAAAAAAAAAAGAAAACAAACAUGAUCUGUAAAAGGGGGAAAAGAAAAUUAAAGGAAAAGGAAAAACGUUUAAAAAAGAAAAAUAAAAUAGAAAACAAACAACAUUUAGAAAACUAAUGAAUGGUCAAUACAUUUUGAUAUUAUCUCUCUGUAUUUUUGUGAUAGGAUUAUUCGUAAUAAGAAGAUUUAUAAAUUUACGACCUUCUUCUCUUAAACUUUAAACAUUAGACUAACGGAUAAAGGAAAUUAUGCAAAUAUGUAAAUCGUUUAUCCUCAUCGGCGAAGAUCCUUUUACGAAUCAAAUUUUCUCGAGAAUUAUUCGAGAAAGUUUUUCAACGGGAUCUCUUUGAAAGUAUCUCCUAUGGAAAAUAUAUCGCAUUUCGUAAGAAUAUCGAUAAAAAUAAUGCGAUUAUAUAUAUAUAUAUAUAUAUAUAUAUAUAUAUAUGUUAUAUACGGAAUUUAAUAAAAUUUCGACUAAAACCAAACAUUAGUUAUAAAUAAGAAAUGACAUAAAUGAAUGCGAACGUUCACUUUUCUCAGGUGAACAAGCUAUCGAUCGUUUCGUCCAUUGGUGUUGUUAUAGCUUAGCCAUUCAAAUUGUUAACAUGUAAUGAAAACAAUUAGAAUGCGUGAGAUUGAGAGAGAAAACGAGAAAAAAAAAGUUAUAUAGCUAAUAAAUAAUAAUAAUGAAAGAAGAAAAAAAAACGGAAAAAAAGGUAAAGAAAAAGAAGAAGAAAAAGAUAAUAAAUUAAAUUAUAAAAAAGAUAUAUAGAAAUAUGUUAAAUAGAAUGGAGAGGAGGAAAGACGUGAAAGAGUAAGGCUAUGAGAAGGAAAAAGAAAAAAACGAAAAGAGAAAAAUGAAAUCUUAUGAAAUAUGGUAAAUAUUCUGCAUACGAUACUCGUUAUAAAAAUUUCAUUAUCACGAUUAUAUUACGGAUUAUUAAUCAGAUCAAAUAUCUUUAAAAAUACCUAUAUAUAUAUAUACAUACUGAUACAUAUGUAUUAACGAAUAUCACGUUUUUAUUCUCACGCAUAAAUACUAACAUACACAUUGAUGUUUUACAAUGCGUUAUUUCGCGUUUUUCGAGUCGAAUUAUAGUAUUAUCCGAUACAGAAAAUAAAUAUGUCAAGAAGAUAAUGCAGAAGUAAAAAAAAAAUCUACUGGCUCGUUUAAUUCUUUUACAUAUUUUCUUUUUUUUCUUUUCUUUUCUUUUAGCAUUGAGCUUCCACUAAAUAAAAAAAUUUCGAGAAGAAUUUUUUUUCACAUUUAACACGAGAAAGUGAAUAACGCAUUGCUCCAUUUUUCUCGCUGUAUUGUAACGAAUUGUACGUGUGAGUCGUGAGGAAGGGAGAGAAGAAAGACGAAAAAAAAAAAAAAAAGAAAGAGAGAGACAAAAUAUUUUUAACACAUUUCUCGAUUUCCUAUAUUAUGCCAAUAACAUUAUGAAGGCGUUAUCUAUUUACCAAAAUUUUUCUCUUCCAAUCGUUUCAUUCUUCUAAUCAUGUGUAUUUCAAAGACGUCAAGCGGAACGUUAGAGAAGUCUGUUUUUGUAAUGCAUCAAAUAAUUCCUAUUUCUAUCCAUAUUUGUAUUUGUAUUUUACAUUUGUAUUUUAUAUUAACAUAUUUAUAUUUAUACAUUACUACGGACACAAAUACGUUUAAUUAAUUAAUUAAUUAAUUGAUUAAUUAAUUAUAAAAAAAAAAAAGUAAAGAAGAAAAACAAUAAAGCGACGUGUUGUAUCUUCCGUCGAUCGAAGAACGUUGAAAUGUGUUAUAAAUUUGAUACGCAUUUUAACGUGAUCAUUAUCUCGUAGGUGUACGGAAUAUAUCAUAUGGAGUUUCUAGAAAUGUUAAUUAAAUAUUAAUCAACGCUUAGCACACUUUCCUACUUAGCUUAUUCGGUGGUAAUAUAAAGAGAAAGAGACGAAAAGAAAAAAAAAAUAAUUUAUAGUUCCAUAUCAAAGACAUUGGUUUCUCUUGGUAAUUUUCGUUAUCGUUGAAUAUUACAUUUGGACACGUUUCAAUGAGAAUGUUCCAUUUUCGACAGAUUUAAUUAUUUCAAUAAUCUCAUUAGGAAAUAUUAUGCUUUCGUUAAACGAUGAAUAAUCAAUUACAUUUACGAUACUUUUAAUCGAAUUCAUUGUGUUCCUCUACUUAUUUCGUCAAUUAAUCUUGCCGAUAUUAUCUGAACAUUUCGUUCAGAAAUCCGCAAGGGAGAACGCGAAGAAGUACCUGCCGCAUUGAAGUCAGUAUUAAAAGAGAUAGUAGCGAGCAAGCAUCCGGCGGAAGUGUAUAGAUUUAUCGAUUUUAUCGAUCUUUUUCACGAUAUUUAUUAGUAAAGCCUUUUUCUACUCUUCCAAACGAUAUAAUAAAUUCUCUCUAUUCCUCGUAUUUUAACUUCUAUACAUACAUCCAUAUUAUGUACCUAUAAUGUAUAACAUUCUUUUUCUCUUUUUUAUUUCUUUUUGAGAAAAGCACACAAACACAAACAUACGUAUAUAUACACGCGAUCGUACUCACGUUUGUUGUAUUUGAGAGGAAAAAAAAAGAAAGAAAGAAAAAACAAAAACAAAAACAAAAAAGAAAAGAGAAGAAAAUCGUGUACUUUCGAGUUUGCAUGUUUCGAGGUUUUUUCCUGUGUGAUAUAACGAAUUUCUUCAUUCACAUCUUUUUAAGUGUUAAAAAAGGAGUGAGAAAGAGAGAAGAAAGAGUAAAGUGUCUUAUGAGAUCACGAGGAGGUCGCGAAAUCUAUUUUCGAUUUUUAAUCGGCAACGGGUUUUAGCUCGCUCUACAAGUCAGUUAAAUCGUUCCGCGCACGUCUGUGUCUAUUCUUAUUAAAUUUAAUAAUUCAAAUGAAAAAAGGGAAAAAAGAAAAAAAAAAAAGAAUAAAAGCUCGUGUGAAAUUUCAAUGAUUUAGUUGCAAAUUAAAAAUUUAAUAAAUUAAAAAAUAAUGUUCGCGAACGUGAUCCGAUCGACAGCAUUUUAUCAGUUGCCUUGUCGUCGAUCCUAUCGCGAACAAGCAAUUAAAAAAAAGUAAAUAAAUAAA